CUUCUACCUUUAUCAUGUAUGUUAAUAAGAGAGACGGUCGCAAGGAACCUGUUCGUUUCGACAAGAUUACCGCCAGAGUGCAGAGACUCUGCUAUGGUUUGGAUCCCAACCACGUAGACGCGGUAGCAAUCACCCAGAGAGUGAUUAGUGGUGUUUACCACGGAGUAACCACUAUCGAGUUGGACAAUUUGGCUGCCGAGACCGCAGCUUACAUGACAACCAUCCACCCAGACUAUGCCAUCUUAGCAGCCAGAAUUGCCGUGUCCAACUUACAUAAGCAAACCACUAAACAGUACUCUUCUGUUUCCAAGGAGUUGUAUGACUACAUCAAUCCAAAGACCGGUUUGCACUCGCCCAUGAUCUCUAAGGAGACUUAUGAUAUCAUUCUCAAGCACACUGACGAGUUGAACUCAGCCAUCGUCUACGACCGUGACUUCAACUACAACUACUUCGGGUUCAAGACUUUGGAAAGAUCCUACUUGUUAAGAAUUAACGGUAAAGUGGCUGAAAGACCACAACACUUAAUCAUGAGAGUUGCUAUUGGUAUCCAUGGUGACGACAUCGAAAAGGUUAUCGAGUCCUACAACUUGAUGUCGCAGAGACUUUUCACCCACGGUUCGCCCACUUUGUUUAACGCUGGUACUCCUUCUCCACAGAUGUCUUCUUGUUUCUUGGUGGCCAUGAAGGAUGACUCUAUUGAUGGUAUCUACGAUACGUUGAAGACAUGUGCAUUGAUCUCCAAGAGUGCUGGAGGUAUCGGUUUGCAUAUCCAUAACAUUCGUUCCACUGGUGCCUAUAUUGCUGGUACCAACGGUACUUCAAACGGUAUCAUUCCUAUGGUGCGUGUGUUCAACAAUACUGCCCGUUAUGUUGACCAGGGUGGUAACAAGAGACCAGGUGCCUUUGCUUUGUACUUAGAACCAUGGCAUUCGGACAUUUUUGAUUUCAUUGACAUCAGAAAGAACCAUGGUAAGGAAGAAAUCAGAGCCAGAGAUUUAUUCCCUGCCUUGUGGAUUCCUGACUUGUUCAUGAAGAGAGUAGAACAGAACGCCGACUGGACUUUGUUCUCUCCUAACGAAGCUCCUGGCUUGGCUGACGUGUACGGUGAUGAGUUCGAAGAGUUAUACGAAAGAUAUGAAAGAGAAAACCGUGGAAGAAGUACUAUCAAAGCCCAAAAGUUGUGGUACUCCAUCUUGGAAGCUCAGACAGAAACCGGUACCCCUUUCAUGUUGUACAAGGAUGCCUGUAACAAGAAGUCCAACCAGAAGAACUUGGGUAUGAUCAAAUCUUCCAACUUGUGUUGUGAAAUCGUGGAAUACUCUUCGCCAGAAGAAGUUGCCGUAUGUAAUUUGGCUUCUAUUGCCUUACCAUCAUUCGUAGAAAAAGACGAUUCUUCGCUCUGGUACAACUUUGAAAAGUUGCACGAAGUAACCAAGGUUGUCACUAAGAACUUGAAUAAGAUCAUCGACCGUAACUACUACCCUGUUCCUGAAGCUAGAAGAUCUAACAUGAGAAACAGACCUAUUGCCUUAGGUGUUCAGGGUUUGGCCGAUACGUUCAUGGCCUUGAGAUUGCCCUUUGACUCGCAACAAGCUAGAGAAUUGAACAUUCAGAUCUUUGAAACCAUCUACCAUGCUGCUGUGGAAUCCUCUAUCGAGUUAGCCCAAAUUGAAGGUCCUUACGAAUCUUACGAGGGCUCUCCAGCCUCCAAGGGUUUGUUGCAAUAUGACUUGUGGGACAGAAAGCCUACAGAAUUGUGGGACUGGGACACUUUGAAGCAGAACUUGUCCAAGCACGGUUUGAGAAACUCGUUGUUGGUUGCUCCUAUGCCAACAGCCUCCACUUCGCAAAUCUUGGGUAACAACGAAUGUUUCGAACCAUACACCUCCAACAUCUACUCAAGAAGAGUGUUGGCUGGAGAAUUCCAGAUCGUCAAUCCAUACUUGUUGCGUGACUUGGUAGAUUUGGGAAUCUGGAACGAUGCCAUGAAGAACAAUAUCAUUGCCAACAAUGGUUCUGUGCAAGGAUUGGCUAAUGUUCCUGACGAAAUCAAGGCAUUGUACAAGACAGUCUGGGAAAUUUCUCAGAAACAUAUCAUUGACAUGGCUGCUGACAGAGCUGCCUUUAUCGAUCAAUCUCAAUCUUUGAAUAUCCACAUCAAGGACCCUACAAUGGGUAAGCUUACAUCGAUGCAUUUCUACGGUUGGAAGAGAGGUUUGAAGACCGGUAUGUACUACUUGAGAACCCAAGCUGCUGCUGCAGCCAUCCAGUUCACUGUUGACAAGAACUCGGCCAAGACUGCUGGCAACACCAUUGCUACUUUGGAAAAAUUGAACCAAAGAAAGUACAUUGCCAAGGGUGCCUCUGUAAGCAGCGAUGUGGAAUCUGUUUCCACCAGAUCUGCCUCUACCGAGCCUACUUCUUUGGAAAACUCUAUUGGUGAACUCAAAAUCACUGAUGACAAGCCAGUGGAAGAAAAGUCUGCUGACGAAAAGACCUCUGACGAGCUUAUUGCCGAGAUGGAAGCCGAUAUUUACAGUGCUAAGGUCAUCGCUUGUGCUAUCGACAACCCCGAGUCUUGUACCAUGUGUUCUGGUUAAACGUUGGUGCAAUAACCAUUUGUAUAUUAAUUUUUGUUUGGCUAUCUAAUCGUUUUAAUAAUAAGUCUAUUGAAGAG